AUGUGUACUAGAAUAAAAGCAUGGACUUAUAAACCAAAAUUACCCUACAUUGGUCUCAUUAAAUCAGAAACGCAAGAUACUGAACCAAGAAAUAUGAAGGAUGCACUCGCUAGUCCACUUUGGAAGGAAGCAAUGAGCAAUGAGUGCAAAGCUCUCAUGUCCAAUGACGAAUGGAAUUUGGUACCAUACACAGGCCAAGAAAAUAUUAUUGACUCAAAGUGGAUCUUCAAAACCAAGUACAAAGCAGAUGGAUCCAUUGAAAGGAGAAUGGCAAGAUUAGCUGCUAAGGGCUUUCAACAAACUGAUGGAUUAGACUAUGAUGAAACAUUCAACCUUGUGGUAAAGGCCAUCACAAUUAGAAUUAUCUUGUUAAUAGAAUUUCAUCUCAAUUAG